AUGAUCGUCGACUCAUCGCCUUCCUCUUCGGAGGGAAACCAUCUGACGUCGAACCAAAAUGCGGACAAGGCCGUGCAACCUUUCACAUAUGCCAAGGAGGUCAUAGGAUUACAAAGUCUACAACCGACUCCGCUGUGUACAACAACUUGGACCCCCGUGGGCGAGCACGACCUGAUUCGGGGGGAGAAGGAUGACGAACCAACCCUGAGUAUUUCUCCACAAUUCAAACACAAGAUCUGUGCCCCGUGGCAACGCUCCCUGGUGGUGCGAUUACUCGGAACCAAAAUUGGAUUUACUACGCUCUGCUCCAGGCUUCGUGGGUUGUGGAAGCCAACAGGAACGUUGGAGAUUCGGGAUCUCGACUACGACUGCUUCUUGGUUAAGUUGGAUAAUGAGCAAGACUACUUUCGGGCAUUGACAGAGGGACCAUGGAUGAUCUUCGAUCACUACUUGGUGGUUCAGCAGUGGUCACCUAGCUUCAAGGUGUCUGAUCCGCUUCCGAGAACAAUGAUCGUCUGGGCGCAACUUCCAGCUCUUAAGAUCCAUUUCUAUCACAGGGAAGUCCUGACGACAUUGGGGAACCUAAUCGGUAGAACCAUUAAGCUGGACUACCACACGCUGAACCAAGAACGUGCAAAAUUCGCUCGCAUCGCUGUUGAAGUGGACCUAUAG